AUGCGUACUCGAUCGCAGCCAAUUUCCCCAAGCGGGUUUCAGUCGCUGGAAACCGUUCCUCGCAGGAGGAAGACGACGGCUUCCAAGACCACCAAAACCACCAAAACCACGAAGCCCACAAAGGAGGCAAGUGCCAAAGUCGAGAAAAAGAAACCCGGAAAGCGCGGUCCCAAGAAAACAUUGAAGAAAACGGCGGCUAAAUCCGAGGAAACCACGACCACAGCUGAAAACAGUAACGACGCCCCCGCGCCUGCGCCUACCGACAACACUUCCGUGAACGAGUCCCCACAGGAUGUUAAUGACGUUGCGACAAGUCUAGAACCGGUUGAACAACCUACAACAGAUAAAUGUGAGCAGCCAACUUUUUCUUCAACUUCUCCCUCAACAGAGCCCACACCCGUGGACGCUCGCCCCAUUUCUGUAGAUACAGCAGCCCCUUCUUCAAUUUCUACCCUGCAGGUUGGAUCCCAGGAUGAGCAUUGGCAACCCCCCUCUGCAAAUUCUUUACCUAGAAUCAGUGCAUCUACUCCACCUGUAAGGUUUGCCCCGCGACAACGUGGAAGCUCGAUUCUCGAGGCAAAUUCCACAUUUUCUUCUUCUGUGAGCUAUCCAUCUACACCAACGGAAAAUCAUCGGGAGUCAAGCUCAAGCGCUGCGGGUCAGAUCCCCGCCACCAACUCUUCAAGCACUCCCAGAUUAUUUGAACGUCCUACGCGCCGUUCGUACCCCCCAAUUUCACUUUCAGGCCCUGGACCUUCUAGACCCACUUGUCGUUCUUUUACUUCUUCUCUGGAUCGUUCGGACCCUCAGAGGGCCUGGCGAUCAGGAACUGACCGUUUCUCACCUUCUUCUCAACUCCGUGUCUCUCAAGGCCAGCAAGCUGGACUUGGAUUAAAUCUUUCUCAAAAUUCUCGCUCGUCUAGGUUGGACGUCUCUCGCAUAGGCUUGGAAAAUUACUCCACUUCACAAUCUCUGUCACAAUCCACGGCGCGAAGAUCUCAGAGUCCAUUAGAACGAGCAGCCUCCGCUUUAAAUCCUGAUGGUGCCCUCAUCUUUGAUCUGAAUACGCCUCAACCAGCUGACAGAGCCCCUCAUUCAAUUCCUCAGUUUUCCUAUCCUCUCCACUCUUCCCUUUUUGCACCCCCAGUUGACCCCUGUCAGAGUCCACUGGCGUCUACUCAAGCCAAUGCUAGACCUUCCACCCCCCAAAGUUCUUUCUAUGAUUCCCCUGAUUCUAGCCCCUUUGAAUCAAUUGUUCGAGACCGCCUUUACCGUACCUGGGAAUCUCGGAUAGCUCCAAGAGCUUCCCGCACUGCAUCUCGCAUUUCCGAUAACAUCCUACCAAUUGCUACACCGCCUAGGAUGACAACCUCGAUAGGGACGCAGACAUCACCUACCCUAGCUUCGGAGAUAGUCCCUAAAUGCGCAUGUUGUUCUGCGAUACUGAUCUGCCCCAAUAAUAAACAUCAUGUUAACGCUGCUUUUGGAGUCGACCAACCCAAGAAUCAGAAAACGCUAACAGAAAAUACAGCUUCACCCCGUAAGAAGCGAGCACGACGACGAGAUUAUUCAAGCGAUGACGAUGGCGAUUUGCGAUCCUCGAAGAAACGCCGCGAUGCCGUAACUUCGUCUAUUGCGCACCACAGGCAGCGAAGAGUGACACCAUAUGCCGAACGAUCCCGUCGCAGAGCAGUCGAAAGCCAAGGCCGGAUUGAUAAAACACUUUUCCGCAUUCCUCAACUAAUCGCUCAAAACAAUGCAGAUCGAGAUACGACUGGCAAUGAUAAGGUAGACGAUGCUGAUGUCGAAGAACCAGCAUGGGAUGUGCUCAACCAGAUGCGAGCAGAUGCAGCAGAAUUAUCAGAUCAAGAGCAAGCACAGACUCUCGAGGCCCCUCAGACCCCAACCCGGAACUGGGACAUUCGAGGGCUGUUUAAUUCAGUCCCUAGGUCGAUUUCAAAGUUCAUUCCAACGUUCAGUCUUUCUCCGGUGCGAACAGGGUCGUCUAUUGAAGUAUCUUCGACACCACCGGAGGCUGGAGGGAGACCUGCCCUAUCCAUGCCAGUGGUGAGUACUCCGGAUCAGAGUGAGCCAUCUGAACAACCUGAGCAAACUCCGGAGUUAGAGCAUUUGACAUAUUCCCUUUUCCCGCAACCACUAAACCGGCGCCAGCUGUUGGGAACCCCCCCCGAUGUUCGAUCCCCACAGAAGGGAGCCCAGAAAGGUAUCGUGACCGAAACGACCGUUUCUAAGGAAACUACAAAUAGCAACACGCAACACGCGCCCGAAGAUGAAAACAAUAACAAUAACAACGGUAGCAAUGAUGACUCGAUACCCGAAGAUAUGACUACGUUUGGCACUGAGCAAGAUCCACGCCCCAUUCCACCCACAGAACAACCUGCUAUUCGAGGUAUCUUACGUGGUACAAAGCGCGUUCGUUUUGAUGCUAGCCCAGAAAACACUCCAUCUAAGCUUCGACUCCGCCAUCCCCAACCUCAAACCGUCGAUGAUAACCAAAGAAUGAUCGAGGAACAAGGUUCAUCUCUUUCUUCCACAGACGAUGCCAUGGAUAUCUCCAGCGACCAUUCUACAGGCGAACCGUCAGCGUCUACACCGCCUGUCAACCCUCAAGCCCCUCCAUCUGAAUCCUCAGGAGAUCCUCAGCCAUCCCCCCCCUCUUCACCAAUCAUUCGCCCUAACCCUUUUGGAACCUACUGCCUAGACUACGAUAUGUUUUCAGACGAUGAUGAUUUAUAUGAGGAGGAAAUUGCCGCUGAACAGGCAGCUGCAACUGAAGCCGCAGCAGCUUCAAGCUCCAGCACUGACAUCACCGAGAGUCAAGCACCCACGACAUCUACUCAGGCUCGUGACAUUAUCCCCUCCUCCUCUCAGCAAACACCAGUUGCGGAACACCAACCUUCUGAAUCAAGAGGUGCCUCUCAGUCAUCGUCCACGACUCCUGAGACUGCGCCUGCUGAUUCUCAAACAUCCCAACAGCCUUCUAUGUUCGCUAUUAAUUGGACGCAACCUCCACCGCCUCGCCCGACGCCGGCUCAUGCGUCGCUGCCAACGCAGCCAAUCACACCCGUUGGCGCGGACGCUGUUGCCAAGCUCCGUUCACAGGCCGAAAAGUACAAGCCGAAGCUCCCUAGUGGGCUUCGUGCUUCUCGCCGGUACUCUUCCAGUCCGCUGUCAGCUCCAGACAGCGGCGACAACAUGACCUCGCGUCCUGAACGUUUUGAGCCGUUGGUGGAUUCCCCUCCGCCACAUCUCAACACCCGUGAGCAAUGCCAAGCCACGGAAGCCAAGGGGGAGGCUUCCGCGGGCGACAAGGAAAACUCCAGCGGGGGGUCGCUGGAGCAAAGCUCAUACGUACCAAACCCUCGGAUGAGGCAAUUGGUACGUGAGAUGUGGUUGGAGGAGGAUGAUGAGGCGGCUGAUGAGGUGUUCAGUCGCGAGUUCCGGCGAUUCCGCCGGGAGAGAUCCCGGUUGGAGGAGUCGGAGCUGCAAGAGGAGGAGGGGGGGGAGGAGGGGGGGGAGGAGGGGGGGGAGGAAGAGGAGGGGGCAGCUCACAUCGAGCCCUUUAACCUGGGUUCGUAUGAUGAGUUUUGCCGGAGUUUUGAGGAGUAUAGGCGGCGGCGGGCCGCCUAG